AUGUACCUCUUAAUUGACUCAUCAAGAGAGCAGAUCAGUCACAGCCGCAAGUAUGGCAAAGGGAAAGUUCUCCGAUCUGCCUCUGUCUAUGGACAAGCCGGUCGAAUGUCCCUACUCCGUACGUCCUAUCUAGGCCUGUUCCUAGCAUCUCUUCCUACACGAAGAACAAGCCCACCAUCCACCUCCUCCUCCUCCUUCAUGACCAGCAUGGCCGAGCAGAACACGGUGCUCUACUACCGGCUCAUCCUCGACCACCUCACGGAGAUGUUCUCCGUGGAGAGGAAUCUGUCCCGGUUUGCCGGCCCGGAGGAUAUCGAUUAUAUCGUCGUGAGUGAUGGGGAGGAGAUUCUGGGGAUUGGUGAUCAGGGCGUAGGCGGGGUGUUGAUCGCGGUGGCGAAGUUGGUGCUCAUGACGGCUUGUGCGGGCAUUCAUCCCAACAGGACGUUGCCGGUCGUGCUGGAUACGGGAACUGAUAAUCAGAAUCUGUUGACUGAUGAGCUCUACUUGGGCUUGAAGAGGCCGAGGGUGAGAGGGAGGGAGUAUGAUGAGUUUGUGGGCAGGUUUGUGCAGGGGGCGAGAAAGCGGUAUCCUAAUGCUUAUAUUCAUUUUGAGGAUUUUGGGCUGGAGAAUGCAAGGAGGAUUCUCGAUCGGUAUCGGCCUCAUAUCGCGUGCUUCAACGAUGAUAUCCAGGGCACGGGUUGUGUUACUCUGGCAGCUAUCAUGGCUGCAUUGCAUGUCAGUGGUGUCAAGCUUACGGACAUGAGGAUGCUGGUGUUUGGAUCUGGGUCUGCAGGGAUGGGAAUUGCAGAUCAGGUCAGAGAUGCUGUUGCUACGGAAAGUGAUAAGACUAAGGAAGAGGCUGCAAAACAAAUAUGGUGCGUCGACAAACCGGGACUGCUUCUCGAUUCUCAGGGUGACGGCCUCACCACAGCACAAAAGCCAUUUGCUCGCAAAGCCUCAGAGUGGGGGGAGAGCAAGGACACCAAGAACCUACAGGCGAUCAUCAGAGAAGUCAAGCCACACGUGCUCAUUGGAACUUCAACCCGGUCCAAGUCCUUCACGAAAGAAGUCGUACAAGAAAUGGCAUCACACGUCGAUCGACCCAUCAUCUUCCCGCUCAGCAAUCCAACCAGACUCCAUGAAGCAGAUCCGAAGGACAUAUAUGAAUGGACGGACGGCAAAGCGCUCAUUGCGACAGGAAGUCCCUUUCCACCCGUCAAACACAAGGGCAAAGAGUAUGAAGUGGCCGAAUGUAACAACUCGACUUGUUUCCCGGGCAUCGGUCUUGGAGCUGUUCUGUCAAGAUCGAGGUUGCUGAGCGACAAGAUGCUGGUGGCUGCCGUGAAGGCUUUGGCUGCGCAGAGCCCGGCAUUGAAGGAUCCCAAUCGGGGCUUGCUGCCAGAUGUGACGGAGGUGAGGGAGAUUAGUGUCAAGAUUGCUAUGGCUGUUAUCAAAACUGCUGUGGAUGAGGGACAUGCACAAAGAGAGGAUAUCCCAAAGGAUGACGGAGAGUUGGAGGAAUGGGUUAGAGUGCAGAUGUGGGAGGCCAAGUAUCGGGAAUUAGUUCCAGCAAAGAAGUAG